CUAAGAUACCGUAAAAGCGUAAUUCCACAAACUCAGAGGUCUAAUUUCAGCGGAUCAGCAAUGGCGUUAUCGUGGUUUCAAGAAUUGUCUUUCUUAUCAAAAGCUGCCGUUGUUGUUGGAACAAGUGCAUCUCUAAUUGGUGGAACAUAUAUCCUCUACAAAAGAUUAGCUGUUAGUGGCACUGCAGGACCUGGGGAAAGUACUCGAGCAGAUUUGGUUGCCAUGACGGCGAAUCCUGAAAAAAGAGUCCUUGUUCUUGGAUUGGAUGGAGCAGGGAAAAGCAGUCUACUAAAAUGUUUGAGUCAUCAAGAGGGAGAUGGCAAGCUGGAGCCAACAGAAGGCUUCAACGUCAUGUGCAUUCAAGCCAAGAAUACAACUCUCAACGUCUGGGAAGUUGGUGGAACCAAGAAUGUGAGGUCAUAUUGGGAUAACUUCUUGCAGGGCACAGAGCUCCUUGUCUUUGUGGUAGAUUCAGCCGAUGAGGUCAGGUUUCCUGAAGCUAAAGAAGAGCUUCACAAACUCCUGAAAGACGGACGACUAGAAAAGGUCCCACUUUUGGUCGUUGCCAACAAACAGGAUCUUCCUGGAGCUAAGAAAGGAGGUGCUUUCUUGGCCAGCUUAGACCUGGUCUUACCCCUCAAGGGUAGAGAUGUCCAUCUGCUUGAAGUGAGCUCCUCAGCAGAGAAAAAGAGCGCCAACAUGUCUGAAGUCUUAGAUCUCAUGUCCGUCCUCUCAAAGAACUAGUACUCCAUUUGAAUCCCAUCGUCAUUUGAUUGAAUAACGCAUGCUCCAGCGACUAUUGUCUGCGGUCAAUUUCUUCAAGGGAAAUUUUUAACUUAAAAGAAAAUCCAACUUUAACAGACAAGUACUCUAAACGAAAGCA